GAGAGGGAGAGGGGAGAGUGAUAGAGGCAGAGUGAGUGAGUGAGAGAGAGAGAGAGAGAGAGUGUGAGAUAGAGUCUCUCCUCGUCUCCGGUGCUGUGCGCAUUCGGAGCUGCCAUGAAUCCCGCCGCCGCGUUUCCGAUCCUGAUCUCCGCGCUGCUGCUGCCCGCCCACGGCCUCUACAUCGCCAGUAGCCUAGAUUCCCUGCAGCACGUGCUGGGGGACUAUGGACUGGUGAGGCCCGUGCUGAGCGACGCGCACGGCCGCUUCCUGUCGCACGCGGUGUCAGCGGGUGCAGCACGCGGGCAGUUCCGUAGGCGCUGGCGAAGAGAGGCGGAAACAGCCGACGAACCGCGAGGAGACGGAGAGAGGCUCUACUAUAACGUCACCGUCUUCGGCCGGGAGUUCCACCUGCGCCUGCACCCCAACACGCGUCUGGUGGCUCCCGGAGCCAAGAUGGAGUGGCAGACGCCGGGCGGCACGCGCACCGAGCUGAUAAACACCGAAUGCAUGUACGUGGGCGAUAUCACGGAUGUGCAAGGAGCCUCGGUGGCCAUCAGCAACUGUGACGGCCUGGCGGGGAUGAUCCGAACCGAGAAGGAGGAGUUCUUCAUCGAGCCGGUAGAGACGGGACAUCAUGUGACGGAGCAAGAGGACGGUGGCGGCGGUCGUCCUCACAUUGUGUACCGUACUGCUGCCGUGAAGAAGCCUCCCGCUAGCCCACUAGCCACGGACCUUCGUUCCAGAGGUGCUGAUCUAGGAGGUCUGUUAGAUUUGGAGACUCUCUAUGAAGGAGUAGAGCGGAGCGUCAACCAGAGCCGGAGAUCUCGUCGCCAGUCUCCCGAGCGGGCCUACAACAUCGAGGUGCUGCUCGGGGUCGACGAUUCGGUGGUGCAGUUCCAUGGAACGGACCGCGUCGAAAAGUAUCUGCUUACGCUUAUGAACAUUGUGAAUGAAAUCUACCAUGACCAUUCUCUUGGAGCGCGGAUCAACGUGGUCCUCGUUCGGAUUGUCUUGGUGGAUGCCAAAAAGUCUUCGAAUCUGAUCGAGCUGGGAAACCCGUCUCAGAGUCUGGAGAACGUGUGCCGCUGGGCGUUUGAGCAGCAGAGAAAGGACACUAACGAUAAAGACUACCAUGACCACGCCAUUUUCCUUACUCGCCAAGAGUUCGGACCAACGGGGAUGCAGGGUUACGCUCCAGUGACUGGUAUGUGCCACCCAGUCAGAAGCUGCACGCUGAACCACGAGGACGGCUUCUCCUCCGCCUUCGUAGUGGCCCACGAGACCGGUCAUGUGCUGGGAAUGGAGCAUGAUGGUCAGGGGAAUCGUUGUGGUGAUGAGGUGCAGAUGGGCAGCAUCAUGGCUCCCCUGGUGCAGGCCGCCUUCCACAGAUUCCACUGGUCCCGAUGUAGCCAACAGGAACUGGGCCGCUAUUUACACUCUUACGACUGCCUGCGGGACGACCCGUUCGAGCACACGUGGGAGGAGUUACCGCAGCUCCCGGGCCUGGACUACUCCAUGAACGAACAGUGUCGCUUCGACUUCGGUGCCGGAUACAUGAUGUGCACAGCGCUGCAAAAGGUGGGGCCAUCAGGAGCGCAGUACCGUCCCUUUGACCCAUGUAAGCAGCUGUGGUGUGCUCAUCCAGACAAUCCCUUUUUCUGCAAGACGAAAAAAGGGCCACCGAUUGAUGGGACGAUAUGCGGAGACGGCAAGCAUUGCUUUAAAGGACACUGUGUGUGGCUGACUCCAGACAUCAUAAAGCGAGAUGGGAACUGGGGCAUCUGGAGCGAGUACGGUUCCUGCAAUCGGCCUUGCGGCAGAGGGGUCCAGUUCCGCACUCGUGCUUGUGACAAUCCACGUCCUGCUAAUGGCGGACGCACAUGCCCAGGCUCCAACUACCAGUUCCGUGUGUGUAACAUUCAGGAGUGUGAGGAUCCAUACCAGGACUACAGGGCCGAGCAGUGCAGCUCAAUGGACAGCAAGUUCGAACACCACAACAUGAAACACCACUGGCUGCCUUACGAGCACCCUGACCCUAAACAGCGCUGCACCUUGUACUGCCAGUCUAAAGAGACACGAGUGGUGGUGAACAUGCAGGAGCUUGUGGAACCAGGCAGCCGCUGCUCCUACAAAGAUCCCUACAGCGUGUGUGUGUAUGGCGAAUGCGAGAAAGUGGGCUGUGAGAACGUGGUGGGCUCACCAGUUCAGGAGGACAAGUGCGGUGUGUGUGGCGGGUAUGGGACCAAGUGCAAGACUCACAGGUUCAACUUCACCUUCACAGAUAAAAAAGGUGUCAUUAAAGUGCUUGAAAUUCCUAGAGGAGCAAGGCAUCUGUUAAUCCAGGAGCUCAACGAAACGACUAAUGUUUUGGCCGUGAAGAACAAAGCAACCGGUGAUUUCUUCCUAAACUCUCAUGGGGAUUACCCAGAAACCCGUUCAGUCAUUGAGAAAGGGCUGGAGUGGCAGUACGAGAACAAGAACUACAAAGACACCAUUCAGGCCAUUGGACCUCUGAAGAAUGAUGUGGUUGUUAUGAUCCGGAUACACAGCUCAGCACAGGCCAAGGUGUCAAUCAAAUACAUUACCGACUUUGACCGGCUGAUCGACAGAGCCAACGAGAACAACAUGGUGCCUGACAACGCAGUGCCGUACUCCUGGGUAGUCAAGAAGUGGACCCCGUGCUCCAAGAGCUGUGGGACAGGCACGCAGAUGACACGCUAUGGCUGCCGUAAGAACGCUGAGAUGAGGCUGGUGCAUCGGCGCUUCUGUGAGAAAAUCAAAAAGCCUUCUGCCAUUUUCAGAGACUGCUAUCUACGAGAAUGUGCUCAGCCCAUCUGGGUGACUGGAGAUUGGGGUGAGUGCAGUAAGUCCUGUGGUAAAUUCGGGACUCAGACACGCUCAGUACGCUGCGUCCAGCCGCUCAAAGACGGAAAGUUCAAGUCGAUCCGGAGUCGAUACUGCAACGAUGAACGGCCCGAGGCGAGGCGCGACUGCAACCGCAUGCUCUGUCCUGCUGAGUGGAAACUGGGGCCGUGGUCACAGUGUUCAGUGACAUGUGGCAAAGGGACACAGGAGAGACAGGUGCUCUGUCAUACUCGCGACAACACAAUCGGACUGUGUUUGGAAUCCAAACCUCUUUCACUGAGAUCCUGCAGUAUGGACCCAUGCCCCAAAGGCAUGUCGGACUUUAACAAACACGGAAACUUCCUGAUCCAAUGGCUGUCGCGACAUGACCCUAAGUACCCGGUGCAGAGGUUCUCAAACAUACGAUGUCACACGGAUCGCUCUGUGUUGUGCAAGAUGGCGAUGCUCCAGCAGUAUUGCGUGAUAGCUGCCUUCCAACGCAUGUGCUGCAAAUCCUGCAGCGCUGUCAAUAUAACAAGCGUCUCUACACCGAUGCGUCAUUCUCAAACUACACCUAUAGUUAGCACUAGAAGACCGCGUUUCAAAGUGAAAACCACAAGACCCCCAUCUGCUACGUUGACAAGUGCCACUACAGAAGGCAUUGCGUAUAACACUUGGGAGUAUACAAUCCUUACGACAGGUACUAAGGUAGAAGAUACAUCUCCAAACAUUUCAAUAAACACACCAAGCAACUUGUAUCCAGAGCUAAGCACACCUACGCCAUUCGCCCUCACAACCCAGACUGCAAUUCCUAAUGUCACCGCGUCCAUUAUAGAUAACGCGACACAAAACACCCCAGUUAAUGUUUAUACAGAUAACAGCAGCAUUACUGGACUGGAUGAGGUGGACUUCACUUUGUGGACCAGCCCCACUGCUAAGGUUGCUGAAUCCCGAGUCGUCACUGGUUCCCACCCUGGAAAAGUCAGAACAAUGAUCCAAACCAGUGGAUACGAUGAGUUCACCACUUCAAGCUGGCAGAAGACAGAAACAGUCAAUAAUACUAGCAUGGCACUAAUAUUCACAACACUAACACCAGCUUUUGAAGAAAUAUCCACUCCAGAAAAAGGUAUUAAACCAUCAUCUAUCAUGACACUCUCAUCCAUCACAGUUCCAACCACAGCGAUGACGUCAGCACCAGCAAUAGAGAAGGUUUCAACAAGCAGGCCAACCAACAAGGUGGAGGACAACAAUGCCAUAGAGGUGCCUUUCCAAGUUAAUGGUGUGGAUAACGAGUUCCCCGAGAACAACAACAUCAUUACAAGAAGAGGGCGGAUCUUUCUGCGGGAACGGACACGCAACAAGCGGAUCCAGGAGCUUCUUGAGGAAAAGAGAAACUUUUUACGCCGAAUGAAAAGAGCGCAGGGCUUUUAAAGUCUGCUCUUCUCUUAUAGAGAUUUCCACUCCACAACUCAAUUUUGGUGCUUGGGUCAAGAACUGGAAAAAGGCUUGUGUGCUUCGCUUGUUUACUUUACAUUAAAGAGCAAACUGAACUUUGCCGAGCCAAAACCACUAGCAACUGUUUGCACAGUAGCUUUAUGCAUCGAUCAUUUUGAAGCAAGGGACCUCAGGUUAAAAGAUUUUUUGUUUGUUUGUUUGUUUUGUAGAUGACCCACAAAAUUGAGAGGUCACUAGUUUGAGUGAGAUUGCAAACAAUGUAAAAAGCACGCACAUCUCAGAAAUACAGAUUCUAAAAAAAUUACACCAAAAAUUUGAAGACCUGGCAAACUCACUUUCACGUGGGCCUUCCCAAAAGUCAUAUGCACACAACUGUCUUUGCACAAAAUGCCUUUGCAGCCUAAAGCAUUGCAAGUUCAAUUAACUGAAACUAAGGAUCUCAAUUUUAUUUCAGAGCGCUCCAUGAAGACACUUGAGUGUUCUAAAGCUAUUUAAAUGUAAAAUAAAUAUAAAUUCUAUGGAUACUUCCUUCACUCCUCAGGAUUUAGAAUAUGGUGAACUUUUUGUACGAAGUGCCAUAAUUAAGAGCAUGGAGCCAUUAAACUGACAUAAUUUAUAAGAUAAAUAUUUUUUUUUGUUUGCAUUCAAUUAACAUUAUUGCAGUCAAACUUGAUAAUAACUAGAAACCCUCAAUAAUAAAUUAAAUUAAUAACCUAAAAAAAUUGGAACCCCUCUUGCAAUGGCUCAUUGAGUCCUAUACAGUAGGUCCCUGGCCCCCAAUUUAAGAACCUUUGGUCUAUAUUAAUAUAAAGUACCACGAAUAUUAAUAUAAUAAUAUGCCCCUGUUUAAAGCAUGCAUUUAGCCAUGCUGGUCUAAAAAACAACUUUUAACCAUACACAUUAUGUCUUGUACA